GGCUCAAGAUUUUCGGCGAUAGGUGCGACGCUCGCGGCUCUCUCUAUUCGGGGUCGACUGCCCGUGCGAGAUCUCGGAAUGGCCCCCAUGAAGGCCGCCUCUGUCAAGAAGACGGUCAAGGCUGCCUCGAGCAAGGCGACGGCGAUGAAGGUCACGAAGAAGAAGACUCUGUCCACCAUUCUGCCGCUGGCGUCGGCCGGGGGCCUCGCAGCCCCCGCGCUGUUCGGCAAGGAGACGGCGAAGGCGAAGGCCAGCGUCCUGAAGGAGAAGCAGGCGGCCAGGGCAAAGGGCGUGCUCGCGAAGCAGAAGGCCGCGGUUAAGGCCAAGCUGAUCGCAAAGAAGGCGAAGGAUGCGGCGGUGAAGAAGGCGAAGGAGGCCGCGAGGAAGGCAAAGGAGGAGCUCGCGAAGAAGAAGGAGAAGCGGAGGGCCAGGGAGGAGGCCUACGUCGCGCGGCAGGCGGAGCUCUACCGGAAGAGGACCGAGGCCGACGAGGCCAGGGCGGCGAAGAGGGCGCGCCUCGCCGCGCGCAAGGAGGAGGAGAGGCGCUACGCGGAGGAGCAGCACGAGCUCUACCUCCAGGAGCAGGCCGCCGCGGCGGAGGCCGCCGCGCCCGAGGGCGCCCCCGCGCCGGAGGCCGUGCCCGCCGGGGCCGCCGCGGCGGCGGCG